CCACCACCACCUCCUCCUUCUCCUUCCAUCUUUACCCCGGGAAUUCCUGUAUCAAUCACAUUCCCAUUCGACCCUCCUUUGCUCUGAAGUCUAUCCUUGCGCCCACGUGUACUCUGGUCUCAGUAUUUUCAACCGACGUGGAAACACACUACCACUAUCGUGCUCCAAUGUCCGUCUCCUUCCAAGACCUGGGGACCUCCUUCCUCGGCGCCUUCCAGGCCUGCGUGUCCGUCCUGCUGACGCUGGCCUACGGCGUCAUCGCCCGCUACGCCGGCUUCGUCAGCGAGACCUCCAUUAAGGAUGUCUCAGGCCUCGGGAUCAAACUCUUCUUCCCGGCGCUGAUGGUCGUGAACCUCGGGUCGAACCUGCAUCUCUCGAGCAUACUAAACUAUCUUCCUAUCCUGGUCUGGAGCACGAUCGUGGUCUUCGUCUCUCUCGUGAUCGGCAAGCUCGGCGAGCGCGUCCUGCGUCUCCCUGCGUGGGUAACCGCCGCGUGCGCGUUCAAUAAUACCACGGCGCUGCCGCUGUUACUCAUCCAGUCGCUGGAGAGUACGGGGAGUUUGAAGCGGUUGCUGAAAGAUGGGGAUAGUGUGUCCGAUGCGGUGGACCGGUCGCAGAGUUAUCUGCUGAUUUGUGCGGUGGUGAGUAACCUUCUGACCUAUGUGGUUGGGCCGAAGUUGUUGCAGCAGGCGGAUGCGGAGGGAGAUGCGAGGGGUUACAGGGAAGGCGAGGGGGAUGAAGAGGAUGGCGCGGAUGAGCAGAGUCCGCUGCUCCCUGCGUCUGUCCGGCGGACGGGCUCGCAGAUCCAGGGGAAGUCCCGCGCGGCCUGCGCCCCGCUCCUCCGUCUGCUUCCCGACAAGCUGAAGGAGGAGGCGCUCUCGUUCGACAACCCGACCGUUUUGAAUAUGUUGCUGGGGUUGUUUCUGGGAGGUCUGCUGGGCCUCACGCCGCCGCUGCACCGCGCGUUCUUCAAUAAGAACGAGGACGGCGGGAUCUUCAACGCCUGGCUCGUGCUGAGCAUCAAGAACAUCGGCAAGCUGUUCACCACCCUGCAGCUGUUCAUCGUGGGCGGGAAGCUCGGCGUCAGCUUCCAGAAUAUCCAGCGCAGCGCCAAGAGCGGGCACGUCCCCUGGCGCGCUGUCGUGUUUGUCUUUCUCGUGCGUUUUGUGCUUUGGCCUGCGAUUAGUAUCUCGUUGGUGUAUGUGUUCGCCGCGAAGACCAGUCUGCUGGGCGAUGAUCCCAUUCUCUGGUUCAGUAUGAUGCUCAUGCCGACGGGGCCGCCGUCGUUGGUCAUCUCCGGGCUGGCCGAGUUGGCGAAUGUCUCCGAGGAGGAGAAGUUGACGGUUGUCAAGGCUUUGACGAGCCAGUAUUGUCUUUCACCGUUUACAUCCUUCACUGUCGCUGGAGCGUUGCACGCUUCGGAGAAGAUCUUUGCGCAGUCGGCUAAGUAGGUAGGAGAUUGCUUGGCGAUGGAGUAUGAGGCUGUGUAGAUUGUGUCUUGGUUGGACGGUAUAUAAUCAUGGUGUUUUGGAUCGGGUAGAGGAUCUGGACAUGUUAUGGUUAAUAGUAAGAUGUUAGAGGGGUAGACCUAGAGCUGAAUAUAUUCACAGUGUCGAUAU